UUACCAGCCAUUGGACCAGUCAUCGUCCCCAUCUCUUUUCUCCUCAUUUAUAACAGCCAGAUCCCAAGGUUUCCCAUCCGCUUCCUCUCUCUCUCUCUCACGCACGCACUCACUCUCCCUCUCUCUCUCUCUCUCUCUCUCUUUCCGGUGAUGGCUGUUGGCAGCAGCAGAGACGAUCGUCUCAUUGUGAGUUUCGGCGAGAUGCUGAUCGAUUUCGUGCCGACGGUGUCGGGGGUAUCGCUGGCGGAGGCGCCGGGGUUCAUAAAGGCGCCAGGAGGCGCUCCGGCGAAUGUCGCCAUCGCAGUUUCUCGCCUUGGUGGCCGGGCAGCUUUCAUGGGGAAGCUCGGCGACGAUGAGUUCGGCCGGAUGCUCGCCGCGAUUCUUAGAGAUAACGAUGUCUCCGACGAAGGUGUUACUUUCGACGCUGGAGCGCGCACGGCGCUAGCUUUUGUUACUCUGCGCUCCGAUGGCGAGCGGGAGUUUAUGUUCUAUCGUAACCCUAGCGCUGAUAUGCUUCUUACGCCAGCUGAGCUGGAUCUGGAUCUCAUCCGCAGGGCGAAAGUAUUUCAUUAUGGAUCUAUAAGUUUGAUCACAGAACCGUGCAGAUCAGCUCAUUUAAAGGCCUUGGAGGUUGCCAAGGAAGCAGGAGUUUUACUCUCGUAUGACCCAAACCUUCGGCUGCCGCUGUGGCCAUCUGCUGCCGAGGCAAAAGAACAAAUUUUGAGCAUCUGGGAUCAGGCUGAUAUCAUUAAAGUUAGUGAUGUUGAGCUCGAAUUCUUAACCGGCAAAGAUUCCGUAGAAGAUGAAGUGGCCUUGUUGCUUUGGCGGCCAAGCUUGAAGCUUCUGCUGGUUACUCUUGGUGAGAAGGGAUGCAAAUAUUAUACCAAGGAUUUUCGAGGGGCUGUUGACGCCUUUAAGGUUAGCCAAAUUGACACCACUGGAGCUGGUGAUGCAUUUGUUGGUGCACUACUCACCAAACUCGUUGAUGAUAUGUCAGUAUUACAGGAUGAAAAGAAACUAAGAGAAGUUCUGAGAUUUGCAAAUGCUUGUGGAGCAAUCACCACCACGAAGAAAGGAGCAAUUCCUGCUCUGCCCAGCCUUGCAGAGGCCCUGGCUCUUGUGGAGAAGCCAUAGAACAACAUCCCCAACAAAGCCUGGCCUAUUUUUGCUUCUCUUUGCUUGCAUAAUAAGCUUAUUGUCAUGUUCUAUGUGCACUUAUGGCCAUCAGGCAGCUCUAUUUCUUUUAUGUUGUGUCAUGAUUUCUUCCAUGUUUUCUAUCCAAUGUUUGUGUGAUAAACUUUUUGUAUUAUGUUGCAGUAACUAUUGAUAUUUUGUAAAAUGUAAGUGAAAAGCUUAUAGGAGAUCUCAAAUUCUACACUGCAUUCUCUUAAACUCU